AGAGAGAGAGAGAGAGAGAGAAAGAGAGAGAGAAAGAGAGAGUGUGGGCUAGCGGCAAUGCGGUGACCGAGCACUGGAACUUACACACACACACAUACACACGCACGCACACACUCACAUACACACACACCCUCACACACACAUACACACACUGUAAUCCUGAUUUCGGGACGUUCAGCGACACACUCGGACCCCCCGGUGGCUGGAAACACGGGCGCUAAGGGCCUUCACCUCGCUUUUAAAGUGGACCUAACACCGCCUUACUUUCUGGACAUGGGAGACAUGGGAGACCCGCCGAAAAAGAAGCGGCUGAUCUCGCUGUGUGUGGGCUGCGGGAAUCAGAUCCAUGACCAGUACAUCCUGCGCGUGUCGCCGGACCUGGAGUGGCACGCGGCGUGCUUGAAGUGUGCGGAGUGUAACCAGUACCUGGACGAGUCGUGCACUUGUUUUGUGCGGGACGGGAAGACGUACUGCAAGAGAGACUACAUCAGGCUGUACGGGAUUAAAUGCGCCAAGUGCAAUGUGGGCUUCAGCAAGAACGACUUCGUGAUGCGCGCGCGCUCCAAAGUUUACCACAUCGAGUGUUUCCGCUGCGUGGCGUGCAGCCGCCAGCUGAUCCCGGGAGACGAGUUCGCGCUGCGGGAGGACGGCCUGUUCUGCCGGGCUGACCACGACGUGGUGGAGCGCGCGAGCAUGGGGCCAGGAGACCCGCUAAGCCCGCUCCACCCGGCCAGACCACUGCAGAUGGCAGCGGAGCCCAUCUCGGCGAGGCAGCCCGCGCUGCGGCCGCACGUGCACAAGCAGCCCGAGAAGACGACGCGCGUGCGCACCGUGCUCAACGAGAAGCAGCUGCACACGCUGCGGACGUGCUACAAUGCGAACCCGCGGCCGGACGCGCUGAUGAAGGAGCAGCUGGUGGAGAUGACGGGCCUGAGCCCGCGGGUCAUCCGCGUCUGGUUCCAGAACAAGCGCUGCAAGGACAAGAAGCGCAGCCUGCUGAUGAAGCAGCUGCAGCAGCAGCAGCCCAACGACAAGACGAACAUCCAAGGCAUGACGGGCACUCCGAUGGUGGCGGCCAGUCCCGAGAGACAUGACGGCGGUUUGCAGGCGAGCCAAGUGGAGGUGCAAACGUACCAGGCGCCCUGGAAGGUCCUCAGUGACUUCGCACUGCAGAGCGACAUCGACCAGCCUGCCUUCCAGCAACUGGUGAAUUUUUCUGAAGGAGGUCCGGGCUCAAACUCGACAGGGAGCGAAGUGGCAUCCAUGUCCUCCCAACUGCCAGACACCCCAAACAGCAUGGUGGCCAGUCCUAUAGAGGCCUAGGCGAUGUUGGAUUACCUUGUGUUCCAGCAGCUGAAGGACAGGAGGAGUGAGGGGGGGUGCCUGCGCCCCCCGUUUCCUCCUUCUCUCUCUCACUCUCGCUCUCCACACAAGCCCUCGGCUGCGUGUCUUCAUACACUGUGAUGACAAUCAUGGGAACGAAACGCUGCUGGAACGGACUGAGCGCUCUGGGCGACUCCUUUGUUUUUUUGGGGAGGAAGACAUUGGUUGAGGAAAAGAUGGAUGAAUCUCAUUACUGCGCGGUGGAACUGCUCGAAUACACAUUUUUUUGCCAAACACCCCCAGUUUUUUCUUUUUUUGGACAAAUCAGUGACCCUCUUGAAAGAGGACUGAUAUUAAUAUAAGCAACCGGCGCGCGCAGCAUGAGUAGCCUAUAAACGAACCAACCAGUGACUGUCUGUACGGUUUCUCUAAAACUCUAAAACUGCGAUUAGCGUUCACAAGCAUCUACAUCUGAGGACUACUGCUUUUACAGGUUUUUUCUUCUGUUCUAUGGUCUCUCUC